AUGCAAUUCUCACUCUCUGCCAUCGUCCUCCUCGGGCUUAGCAGCUUGGUUUCGGGCUCCCUGACAAUCACCAUUCCUUCGUCUGGCCCUCUGCCUAACCCGCACGUCCUCCCCGCAACCAGCCAUGCCACCCUCACCACGCUCCCCUCGUCUGCGAAAGACCACAUUCUAUCUGCCUCGCUGACCCGCGCCGCCACUUUCGUCUUCGAACUUCCCACUUCCCCUACGGCGGAGUCUUAUCUUCUCGAUAUCCGCUCCGCCGGUGGGUACGUCUUCGCCCCCUACCGUGUCGAUGUUGCGGCGGACGGGUCGGUCCUGGGUAUCUGGGAGACGUUCCGGGGAAACCCAUGGGACAACCGGGGUGCGGAGAAGUAUGUGGUUGAUGUUGCCGGCAAGAGGGUGGAUGAUGUAGUCGUGGAGGCUAAGCUCGUUGGCCGCAAGGCUUUCUACGAAGAGCGUGCUAAAUUCUCUCCCCUGAGUCUUGUCAAGAACCCUAUGGUCUUGCUCGCAGUGGUUGCAUUGGGUCUUAUGUUCGUCAUGCCCAAGCUCAUGGAAAACAUGGAUCCUGAAAUGCGCGCGGAGUUUGAACAGCACUCUCGCUCCUCGCCUAUCACCGGUGCCACAAGCAGUGCCAUGGGUGGUGGUGGUUUCGAUCUGGCCGGCUGGAUGGCCGGUGCUUCAAAUCCUGCAGCCAGUGAGGCGACCCAAGGUGGUUCAAGCGGCAGAGACACCAGCGGUCCUGCUCGGAGGCGAGGAUAG